CGACGCAACAGGCCUACAUUACAGCUAGCCAGAAUACCAGUAUAUACUAUACUCGGGUCUAGGUCGAUUGAAAGCAAUGAACGCUUUCGAAAGCAUCUUUAAAAGGCAGAUACAUGGAGUUGUAUUCAAUGCACCACAUCUCAAAUAGUUGUCCGUCUCAAGCUUCGUUCCAGCCUUAUCAUGAUCUCCCAACCACCUCACCGCCAAUUCGUAUUCACAUGGAUCUCGCAUGCGUCCGUCAAUGUCCAGCCUCGUUCACGGCUGCGCCAUACUCACUGCGCUCCACGCCGUUGUACAUCAUCGUCACGACAUCCCUCCUGCAACUGUUGUUCUCCCAUGCUAUCCGCCAUAUCCUCGAGCGACGCCUGCCGAAGCAUCAUAGAUACCACACUUUAUGUCCAGAGAUCAAACGCCGAAUCAAUGCGCAACCGUGCGCAUUGCUGAUGAAGCCCCUCAUCGCAUACUUCACCGCCCCUUUCUUUGGCGUUUACCUGAGAGCGCUCUUCAGCGGACAUCUGGACCGUGGAUCAGGAAAGCUCUAUCCCUGGACGAUCGAACGCACACAGCAACUCGACUGCCUCCUCGCGGUGUACGCCAGCAUGUACAUCUUUGACAUUUCCCACCACCAGGCCUCGCUGCCGUACUUCAUCCACCACUUCGUUUCCCUCCUCGUGGUUCUGGCGACUCGUACGCUGGCCAAGCAGCGCGGACACGUCGUCCUCACGGAAUUCUUCACCCCCUUCUUCGUUCCCCGGAAUCGUCAUCGGCGACACUCUGGGCGAGCUCCUAUGGCUCGUGUACCGGCUUGCGCCCCCUCGGCCUCGGUGCGCGGCGGCGAUGAGGAUGUGCGCGUUUGGCCACCUGGCCGCCCGUGUCGCGCAGUGGGGGAUGGUUGCGUUGUAUCUCUACCACUUUGGUGCUGAUAUACUGCGGAUUGCGGGCGGUGGAUGGACACUGCCACUGCUGUUGGGGCCGUUGAUGUUUUGGGCUUGGUGCGAACGUUUCUACGUGAAGCUUGGGUUUGGGCUCAGCCGGACCUUCAAGGCCUGGGCGGAGAAAGAGGAGAGGGAGAAGCAUGACGAGAACCGCCUUGUGUCGAAGGUUUAUCGGACUUAGAUUUCCAUAGCUCGAAUUUAUCAAAGAGUGUGCCAACUUGAUCAUCA